AUGCCGAUUCAUGCGAUGGCAGCAGAUGUAGAUCAUUGUGAUGCAGUGCUGCAGUAAAGGUAUCUACGGCUUUCUAUGGUACACUGCUUGUUGUCCGAUACAAUGGCCAUCCUUGAAAGUUACUGUGAAGGCAACACAUCCUUGUCAGAAGUAUGGACACAACAAGGACUUUUCCCGUGUUUUUAUUUCACCCUGGUUUCAACAGUACUGUUGAGCAUCACUUUCCUUUUUGGCAGUUUGCUGUAUGUUUGUUACAAUAUGUACGGCACAACGAUGGAGCCAAAGUAUGUACCUCGCUCUCAUCUUUUCUUCCUGCAAUUGUUCCUGUCGGUGGUCCUGCUUCUGCAGUUUGGAAUCUAUAUCCUUUGGCAAUCCUUUGGUUUAGGCAUUGUGUAUGGAUACAUGAUCGUCUACUCAUGUCUAUCUAUUAUUGGGUGGUUGUGUACCAUUGCUCUGCUGCACCUUGAACGCACAAAGGUGUUGGUGCGGGACAGGACACGUGGUCACAGUACCAUUCUGCUACUCUUCUGGGCUCUGGCCUUUGCAGCUGAGAAUCUGACCUUCAUAUCGUGGAGUAGUCCUUUAUGGUGGUGGUCACUGGACAAUACCGAUCGCAAGGUACGCUUUAGUUUGUGGAUGGUGCGAUACAUCUGUACAUUUCUGCUCUUUGUCCUUGGACUGAAGGCACCAGGUUUGCCUCGAAGACCUUAUAUGCUCAUGAUUAAUGAGGAUGAACGAGAUGUUGAAUACAGCCAGCCUCUCUUGAAUCAGAAUGGCACCAGUCAGUCAACUUGGAAAGACUUCCGUAAAAAGGUGCAGUUGCUUGUGCCCUACAUGUGGCCGAAAGGGAGUUUAUUGCUGCAGAUCCUGGUCCUGUUAUGCUUGUGUCUCCUUGCAACAGAACGAGUCAUUAAUGUUUUUGUGCCUAUCUACUACAGAAACAUUGCUGAAGUGUUUCUGUACAACUUAAAUGAGAAGUGCCAAGUGGACGAUCCAUCUCGGUCUGUUCUGGAGUUCCAUAGCAUCAAUUAUGCUAGUCUUUUGUCAAAUCAUUUCACUCCAAGUUAUUUCAAGAAACACUGA